GGGAUUUCCGCUGAGCGUGCCGUUGACCCUUGGGCGUCCUUCUGAAGCUGCGAAGCGAGGGAGACUUGCCAGGAUGGGUUUGGAAGGGCGCAACGGAGACCCUGAGGAGGAGGAGGAAGAAGAAGAGCUCGUGGAUCCUUUAACUACUCUCAGGGAGCAAUGUGAGCAGACAGAGAAAUGUGUGAAAGCUCGGGCACGUCUAGAAGAAUGUGACACCCGCGUGUCAUCCAGGUCCCACACAGAAGAGCAGUGUACAGAGGAGCUUUUUGACUUCUUGCAUGCUAGGGACCACUGUGUGGCUCAUAAACUCUUCUCCAAGUUGAAAUAAAUGUUCGUACAAGCCCAUCUUCUUGGAUAACUCUGAAGAAGUCCUGAGCAUGUUCUGUCGCAGUAAAGUUAUUGCUCUGCAUCUGUGGUUUGAGAAUGAAUGGAAUUAGCUCUCUGACAGUUCUGUGAGAAUUCAGGAGUUCCCAUCUGGAUGCCUCUGUGUUCUGUGGAAAAUGUGAAGCUCUUAACAAUGUUUCUGCUGCUUCCUAUAUUAAACAAAUUUCCUGUGAAAA